CACCUUCCGAAUGGCAAGACAUGGUCUAUGAUACAACGCACUCAGUAUGCAACAAAAGUACCAAAAGAAAAUUUCCACUUCCAGUAGACGAUGUCGGGGUGCUAGGAUGAUACUAAGUAAUUUUUUACAUGGCCGUUUAGGAACAGACUGGUCAUCCGAAUUAAUCAAGUUAAAUAAUCUUAUCCCUGAUAAACGAUUGAACGUUUUUAUUGGUACUUGGAACAUGAACGCACGGAAACCAGUUGUUGAUUUAAGUGACUUUAUACUACCAAAAAACAUUCAAAAUCGGGCUGAUAUUCUAAUAAUAGGAACGCAAGAAACUUACUUUUGUAGUACCAAUAAAUGGGAAUAUAUUGUACAAAAUACACUGGGUCCAGAUUUUAAUUUUGUAAUGAAAGAAUCAUUAGGAACUCUACAACUAGUUUUAUUUAUGCGAUGUGAGCUAUCCAAGUUCAUUUCUUUUAUUAAAUCUGAAACUUUAUUAAAUAAUAGAUAUAAAAUAUUAAAAACAAAAGGGGCUAUAGCUAUAGCAAUAAUUAUUUUUGGAACGAGUUUUUUAUUUAUUACGACGCAUUUGACACCUCACACAAAAAAUAUUGACAAACGUUUCAUGGAAAUUGAAAAAUUGGUCAAAUGGAUUAACUGUAUGAAUAGAUUAUUAAAUAGAAAAAAAAAUGACGAUGAUAUCAGUGAUUUUGAUAAUGUUUUUUUAUUUGGAGAUUUAAAUUUCCGGAUUGAUGAAUCUAGAAAUGAUGUAAUCAAAUGGAUAGAAAAAACACAUUUCGGUAGAAAAAUUCCAGUUGCUGUAAAAGAAGAUCAGUUGAAUUGUUUGUUAAAUUCCAAGACACAUCUCCAUAGUUUCAAUGAAGCUCCAAUAACUUUCCCUCCAACUUACAAAUACGAUCCAAAAAGCCAAGUAAUAGAUUCGAGCAACAAACUUCGUAUUCCUUCAUAUACUGAUAGAAUUCUAUAUAAAAGUCGAAAUCAAUCCAAAGGUACUGAUAACGAUAAUGAGAUAUACUCACACCAGUGCAUCAAAUGUUUAGCUUACGAUUCGGCAAGAAGUAUUUGUUUAUCGGAUCAUAAACCUGUCUAUGGAAUGUUUGCCGUAGAAGUGAGAGGAAUAAUAUACACGAAAUAAGCUGUAAUUUUCAGAAAAUGUAAAGAAAAAUAUAAAGCAAAGUUUUAUACGACAAAUUAACCAGGCUGAUAAUUGUAUU